CAUGGGGCGAAAAUGCCUUGGCCAGAGAAUUGGAUUUCUGGGAUGAUAAUGAAGAACGCAAUAAUAAGGUUACAACGACAACGUUGGAAUACUUCAAGCUGCAUUUAGCUGAUUCUAAAGAAGAAAAGCCUUACUUGCCAAAAGGGUUUGAUUAUCGAAAAGCAAUUAAAGAUUUUCUCAAAAAAAUGAUGGAAUUGGUCAAGGAAACCCUUAAUAAAAGAUGGCAGGAAUUAGAAAUGUCUCAAGUUCGAUUUGUUUUUACCAUACCGGCGCAAUGGCAACCUGAAGAAAUCGGAAUUUUCCAAGAUUGCAUUUAUGCGACUGAAAUCGUUAAAGAUAAUUUAGAAUUUACUACUGAGCCAGAAGCUGCUGCUCUUUAUUGUUUGAGCAAAAUGGAUGAACACAAUCUAUCUACUGGAGUGGUUGAUAGUGGUGGUGGUACUGUUGACUUAACUAUGCGCAUUAUAUUAGAGGAUAAAGCAAUUGGUGAAAUUACCGAGCGUUCAAGUGCCUUGUGUGGGAGUACUUAUGUAGAUAGAAAAUUUAUCGCUUUUCUGGAAGAAAAAUUUGGCAAAGAUGCAAUUAAGAGAUUUAAGGAAAACCAUUACGAAGAAUAUCAAUACUUAAUUCAUAAAUUCUUUUGUCAACAUGUCAAAUUUGGAUUCACCGGAGAACAAUCGGCCUUUAAGAAAAUUACUCUGGACUUUAAUAGAAUUUGUCCUAAACUUAAAGAAUACGUGAAUUGUUGCAAUAUUCAGAUGAGUUUUGACGAUAUUAAGGAUAUGUUUGAUCCAGUUGUGGAGACUAUAAUUAACCUAAUAAGGGGCCAGCUUUCCAGUGUCUCUCAAAGAUGCUCUGCUUUAUUUUUGGUCGGUGGUUUCUCAGAGUCUUACUAUCUGACCAAAAGAAUAAGGGAUGAAUUUAAAAACACAGUUCCAUACAUUUGUGUUUCUCCGAAACCCAUUACUAGUGUUGUUCGUGGAGCUGUUAUGUACGGUUUAAACAAAAGUGUCAUAAAAUAUCGUAUAUUAACAAUGUAUUACGGUGUCGAGGUUUAUCCAAAGUGGAAAAAAACCGACCCGAAAAGUCGAAGAACGACUGAUGAUAGAAUAUACAAAUUCAGUUGUCUUGCCAGACGCGGACAAAAGAUUGAACUUGACAAGAAGUGUUCGGGCAUAUAUGUGCCUAUAUAUCCUGAUCAAAAAUCAAUUUCUUUUAAGGUGUUUGCUUCACCUAGAUAUGCCGAAUAUUGCGACGAUCCUGGUAUGAAAAAGAUCGGCACUUUACGCGUUAAUUUACCUGAUGUAGAAUUAGGUUUAGAUAGACCCGUGAAAUUUUCUCUAAUGUUUGGCGAGUUGGCAAUUACAGCUGUAGCCGUGAACAAGAAAAAUGGAAAAUUCUAUACUGCUGUUUUUGAUUAUGUUAAGUCAGAUUUUGAUUUAGAAUCGCACUAA